AUGGCGACGGUUCAAGAAGUCACGUCCGAGUCCGCAUUCCAGUCCGGUAUCUCGUCGCUGCCGCCGUCCACGCUCGCCGUUAUCUACUUCCACGCACCAUGGGCCGCGCCCUGCAAGCAGAUGUCCGUCAUCCUCUCCACCCUCGCUAGCACAUACCCCGCCAAUGCGCCCAUAACGUUCCUUGCCCUCGACGCCGAAGAGCUGCCCGAGAUUGCAGAGCAGUAUGACGUAUCCGCCGUGCCCUUCAUAGUGCUGCAGCGAGGAGGACAGGUGCUAGAGACUGUCUCAGGCUCAGACGCCGCCAAGGUGCGCGCAGCAGUAGAGAAGUACGCCGGAGCAGGAAGCGGCGACGCUCAGACGAGCCUCCCGCCCGCACAGACUGUCAACAAGCCUCCUCAGACAAACGGCGCAGACACCAAUGGAGCGAAGAACCUGGCCGGAUACGCACCGAAUGCCUCAGAUCCCAAGACCGCGCCAGACUACAGCUCAGGCGACACCGAAACGAACAAGGAGGAGCUGAACGCGCGGCUAAGCGAGCUUGUGAAGGCGGCGCCCGUCAUGCUGUUCAUGAAGGGCACGCCUAGCGCGCCACAGUGCGGUUUCAGUAGGCAGACAGUAGGCCUUCUUAGAGAGAAGGGCAUUCGGUAUGGCUUCUUCAAUAUCCUGGCAGAUGAUGAGGUGAGGCAGGGAUUGAAGGAGUAUUCGGACUGGCCGACGUUCCCGCAGGUGUAUGUAGAGGGUGAGCUGGUUGGGGGUUUGGACAUUGUGCGAGAGGAAUUCGAGAAUGAUCCUGAGUUCUUGAACGAGCACUCCGUGAACGGACAGAAGGGCGGACCCGGAGCUGCUUCUGCACAGACACAAGCGCCCGUGGCUUCAUAA